ACUGCAGCGUGUUAACCUUCCACAUAAUAUAAAUAAUAAAUGGCACCAUUAAGCUAAAGCGUGCAGCCUGCAUUGCAUGAGUCCUGAGCUAUAUUUAAAUAUGAUCUAUGCACCUGUGUGAGGCUGAUUUGAUAUGAGGUGUGAGACGCCUUAUUUCACAUAAUUUCUGAUCCUUUUGUUUCGUGGGUUACGGCUUGGGGAGGGGGAGGGAGCACGGUUUUGCCGCAAGAAGAAAUGCGGUAUAUCCCCGCUAACGUCACGCAGUGUUUUCCCCCUUUCCGGGGGGUUUGUUGUGGGCAGUCAGCUGUUGAACAGGCGGGGCAGAUGACGGAGCGGAGGCUGCGCUGACAUCGGGCUGGUGGCGGCGGAGGGUGGCGGGAGAGGAAUGUGUGAUGAAGUGUCCUCUCGCUGAGCACGUACUGACACACAGAGCCAGCCAAGGAGUCCCGCUCUGCCAUGUCCCCCGGCCGGGCCUGCCCACGUGCUGAAUGCCCCUUUACCCGUCACAUGGCCCGCGACCUGUGAGCUCCUCUUGGAACAGACCACACCUACCCCCACUCCACCUUCUGGGAACAAUCCGUCUCCUCCCGCCUCCCGUCGCCUGGGGGCCCGUCCGGUUCAGCGGUCUCUCUGCGGGACCAUGAAGAGACCCAAGCAGCGACAGCACUUCAGCUUCCUGCGCUUCUUCGGACGCAAGGCGCAGGCCGAGGCCCGGGCCGAGGAUGCUGGAGCCGCAGACGGCCGGGAGGAAAUCGCAAUUACGCUGACGCCCAGCGAGGGCACGGAGCAGGAGCGGGGCGAUGCCGAAGGAGGAGAGGCAGUCGCGGCGGGAGGUGAGGAAGAGGAGGGCCCGGAGCAGAGCAACGGCGAAGGCGACGGCAGUUCAAUGAGGGUCCUCUCCUCUUCCACCUCCAGCCAGGAGCAGCCCCUGGACUGCCUGGAGUGUCCGCUGUGCCUUCUCGUCCAGCCUCGUGGCCGCUUCCCGCGCCUUUCGGCCUGCCCUCACCGCUGCUGCCUGGACUGCCUGCGCCAGUACCUGCGUGUAGAGAUCUCCGAGAGCCGCGUGCGUGUGGCCUGCCCACAGUGCCCCGAGCUGCUGGCGCCGCCCGACAUCCACGCCAUCCUGGACGACCCUGCCCUGCUGGAGCGAUUCCAGGACUACCAGCUCCGUCGUUUCCUGGCCGCUGAUCCCGACACACGCUGGUGUCCCGCGCCAGAUUGCAGCUAUGCGGUGAUCGCCUAUGGCUGUGCCGAAUGCCCCAGGCUUCGCUGUGGUCGGGAAGGCUGCGACACCGAGUUCUGCUACCACUGUCGGCAGCUGUGGCACCCAGACCAGACUUGCGACCAGGCCCGGCGCCAGCGCUCCCGUCACGCCUCCAGCAACAACGAUGCUUCCACUCUGUUCGUCUUUAAUGAGGAGCCAUGUGGCGAUGUGGAGGAAAUCAAGGCAUGCCCCCGCUGUGGCGCCUACAUCAUGAAGACCAACGACGGCAGCUGUAACCGCAUGAACUGCAGUGUCUGCGCCUGCCAGUUCUGCUGGCUGUGCAUGCAGGAGAUCACUGACGUGCACUACCUCAGUCCCUCAGGCUGCACCUUCUGGGGGAAGAAGCCCUGGUCCCAGACCCGGAAAGUGGUGUGGCAAGUGGGAAUGCUGCUGGGGGCCCCUGUGGUUAUCUCCCUCAUCGCUGGCAUCGCCAUCCCAGUCAUUAUCAUCGGGAUUCCCAUCUACAUGGGACGUAAGGUCCACAGUCGAUGCAAGAAAAACAAUAUCUCAGGAAGUAAACACUAUCUGACAGUAGCCAGCGGGGUCAUGAUGUCCGUCUUUGUCUCCCCUGUUAUAGCUGCUGUCACUCUUGGCGUGGGCGUUCCGUUGAUGAUGACAUACGUGUACGGUGUGGUUCCCAUGUCCCUCUGCCGAAACGGCUGGUGCAGGAACCAGAAGGAGCAAGCUGAACCACACAAGAUACAGCCAGAGGAUCUACUCAACUUUGGUGAACACUGGACUGGUCAGGCGAGUCAGGCAGCCAGAGAUGCCAGUGGACGUGUUCUGGACCUGCUCCCCAGCACCAGCAGCAGCCCGCCUGACCUCGAAGGAGGUGGAGAGCGAGACGGGUCCACCUGCACUGUGGCCAUGGAAACCGAUAUGAGCCAUGAAACAGGGAACACAUCUCUUCGGGAGGGAACCAACAUCGAGGUCCAGGUGGAGAUCGAGACGCACCCCCAUGCGGCCGGCUUCAACAGCAUCUCAUCCAGCCGCAGCCCAUCGGCGGAGUCGCUGGCGUGCUCACGAGAGCAGCUGUGCGUCGGCGGCCCGGCCAUCCACGAGUGCCUCUCAGGCCCCGAGGCCGACUAAACGCCGACCCCUACCCCUGGCCGCCGCCCCCCCCCCCCCCCCAGCACGUCCCCAUGGCCGCAAGGGCCCCACCAAGCUUCAGCCCAACACACCCUGGCUGUGGCGAGGGAGGAUGUGAGAGGAUGAAUGAGGGGGAGUGAGGGUCAGCUAGGGUAAAAGAGCGAUUUUGAAGGGCGGGGGCAGACUGAGAGCUUCUCCCUCAGCAUGCAGCAGUCAGUAAGGGCAUCGAGACAACAGGAUACACAGGAAGUACAUAAAAAUCUGCAUUAUGACAGAAUAACAAGGAGAAAAGGAAACCAGAGACAAGAGCAAGACCUUUGCUGAAUACUUCUAUGAUUCAUAGCUUUUUUCCUUUCAAUUACUAUUCCUUCUGGUAUUUUGUCUCAUUUAGUGUUUGCUUAAUAACAAUUUUUAUCUUAAUCUAAAAACAAGGGACAAUGAAAGGACUGUGAAAAAUAUGUGUCUGCCACACGAAUACAAAGCAGCUCUGACUUACUGAGGUGUACUGCAUCCAUUGCUGACACUUAGUGAUGAUGGGGGGGGGGUCCCCUGAUGACCUGUCACUGGUGUUCCAAGGCUUGGCAAGAGCUCAGUUUAUGCAAAUAGGUCUUCAUUUGGAGGCGGAGCCACUGCCAAUGGGAGCAGUGUAGGCGGAGCAAUCUACAGCAAGCCCGACCUAGACUACCCACAGUGCUCUGUACAUAAACUGUUUCACUUUCUGAUUCUCUCCCAUUGUUCUGGAGUUUAGGGGAAUGAAUGUUUUAAAGGUUUAAAUAUGCCAUCUUGGCAAUACUUUAAUUUAACUUGGUUUAACAUUUUGAAUGCAUUGUAAGUGUAAAAUAAAUCCCCAUAAAGCAUUACAUUAAAAAUGUAAUCUAAACACAAAGAAACAUUGGGAAGUGAUGUGCAUUUUUGUGCUUCAGGUUCAGCCUGUCCCUGGUGCAGCUGGGGGUUAAGGGCCCUACGGUUAAAUCACCCUGCCAAUCAGAAGAAGAAUUUGAACCAGCAAUGUUUUGAUCACAGGCAUAACAUUCUAACUCCCUAAGCCACACAUUGAGUGCAGUGCCUGCUAGACCAAAACCAAUUCUCAAAAUUCUCCUCCAAUUCACCUGUAAUAUUUGCACUGUGCCUACAGAUGGCGCUAGUGUAUAAAUCCUCCGUUAUGGUUCGCACCUGUUACGUGCCCAGGAGAACAAGUAAUCAGCCAAGCCAAAUCUGUAUUGUAUCCUCAUAGAUUUUCUAGACACGUUAUUAUUUAUUAAAACAUUUCAUUUCGCUAGUUGUAGCUGCUAUCCGGUGUAUUCUUUCUUCAGCUGGACCUUGAAGACAAAUUGAUGAAAUUAAAAGAUAAUUUUCCUGUUAUAUUUUUAUUUUUCCACAAAUCGCCAGAUGAAUGUACUUCCUUUGGAUUGUCUUGUGUCCACAAAAAUCUAUUGCUAGUUUAGCCUUACCAUGUUAACUAUGAAAACUGAUAACCUUGUUUAUGUUUCAUUUCACCAUUUUAAGCUGAUUUCUUACAGUGUACACUGUUGUAAUGAGCAGAUGCUUCAUGCCUGAGAUUCUGAGCCUGUCUGUUGAAGUUCAGGCCCUGGAUAGGAUGUCAGUCCCCCCUUAAAUGCACAUUGACAACACAGAGAGUCCCUGACUUUCCUGAACUGGUAUUACUGCUUUGUUUCUUUGGUCAAUUGAUGUUUUUAUUCAGAGUGGCUUGCGGUUCUACCAGCUGAUGCAUAUCAGUCCAUCCAUCUUCAAACCACUGAUCCAGCACAGGGUCACAGAGAGCCGAUCCCAGGAAGCACAGGGCACAAGGCAGGGGGACACCUUGGGCAGGAUGCCUGUUCAUUGCAAAUUUGUUCUUUAUAUAUCUGGCAGAAAUAUUCUACCAAUGGCCCUUCUAGAAAUCUUCAGUUUACAUGCCCAUCUCCUUAACCACCAUAUUACCUGGCGUUCAGAAGGAAAUUCACACCAAAGGGAACUUGACCAUGUGUCUAAAUGUAAUAAUUUAAAAGAGCAUAAAUAUAUUUCUGACCAUCA